AUGUUUCGCUUUCAGUCCCUGGAUGAUGACUGUACGCUGGAGGAGGAGGAUGAUGGACAGGUAGAGGAGGAAGAUGAGAUCGAUCAGUUCAACGACGACACGUUUGGAGCAGGGGCCAUCGAAGAUGACGGCUGGCAGGAGGAGCACAAGCGGCUGGCGGGGCUGGAUGAGGAGCCUGGACCUGGACUCCCGGCACUGGGGGGAAACGGACCAGCUCCCCCAGCCUCCUCCCUCAACUUCACGUCUUCCACUGGUUUUAGUCGCUCAGAUGCAGAGGAGAGAGCAGGAGGCGGAGGAGGAGAACUGGCCGAGUCGUUGGCGCGGCUCAUCCUGGACGCAGACCCGGCCAUCGCUGGCGUGGGAGCAGCCGAGAGACCACAGCUGCCUCUGUCCGGGCUCCAGGGUCUAGACCGGUCCAGAGUCCUGCCCUCACACAUCCCAAACCAGCUCCCCUCCCACCCACACCUGCCCCCCGGACCCUCCACGUCUGGUCUCCCUCCUGGUCCAGCUUCACUACUUGGCUACCAACAACAACAGCAGCAACAGCAGCAGCAGCACCUGAUGCGCAGAGGGACGUCUCCCAUGGGACAGAUUAAUUCUCAUAGUAUCUGGGAGAACAACAUGGGCUUCGGACCAGUCAGCGUCACCCCGGGACUGCUUACUCACAUGGAGGACAGUCCUCUCAUGUCCAUCAUCAAAGAGGUGGGUUUGCCCAAAAGACCUCAGAACCGCGACGAAGCCAGAGACCUGUCGGAGAGAGCCCCGCCCCCUCGCUCAUCCUCACCUGUGAUUGGCUCUCCCCCAGUGAGGGCGGUGCCAAUCGGGACUCCGCCCAAACAACCAAUGAGCCACAGCCUCAACCACCAGAUCCACCACCCCACCGCGGUCCACGUCCGUGCCCCGGUGCCGCACAGAUACCCCCCUCCUCCUUUCCCCGAGCGCCUCUCUCCAAACACCCUCCUCAACAUAGCAAACUCUCCUUUGUGUCGAGGUCCGUUUCCUCCUGGAGUCUUGUCCCAGAUCCAGAGGGCGCAGAUGCUCAACUCUCAGGUGGCUGGUUUCCCCCGCGGCGGCCCUCCUCCCAUGAUGCCCGGCGGUGGCUUCAGGCCGUUCUUCGCCGGUCCUCCUCCUCCUCACGGACACAGGAUGGGACCGCCCCCUCCUCACGGACCCAUGAACAUGCCUCCCCCCAUGCGCCACAACACCACACACCUGCACCCACAGCACCGCCGGCUGCUCACCCAGCGCAUGCAGAGCCGCGGCGGGUGUCGGCCUGGACUGGACCGGCGCAGCAGAGACCCCUACAGUAACCUGAUGACCAUGAAGGAGAAGGAGUGGGUCACCAAGAUCCAGAUGAUGCAGCUGCAGAGCACUGACCCCUAUCUGGACGACUACUACUACCAGAACUACUAUGAAAAGAUGGAGAAACGUCAGGAGAAGGAACGAGACAGCAGCAGCAAGAAGGAGCACACAACCAAACUCAUCACACCCCAAGUGGCAAAAGUGGAGCACACGUACAGACCGGUCCAGUUUGCAGGAUCUUUGGGGAAACUCACAGUCUCCAGCGUCAACAACCCUCGAAAGAUGAUCGACGCCGUGGUAACGACCCGUUCUGAUGACGAGGAAAAGCGAGAGAAGCAGGUUUGGAACAAGAGGCGACAGAUCCUCUACACAGUGGAGAAGAUGUACAGUUUGCUGCUGGAGGUGCAGGACUUUGAGAAGCGGUUUCUGUUGACGCCCGACGAGGAAAGAGAAGCGCUGAUCGAACAACACAAAACCAACACAGUUCAGCUCUGCAACUGUCUGCGGGAGAAAGAGUGGGACGACAAGGUGAGCGACGAGCAGUUGGUGAUGAUCAUGUCGGUGCGAAAGGGGAAGCGACUGAUCUCCAGACUCCUCCCCCUCCUGCCCGGUGUCCUGGCAACCGCCGUUCUCAUGGCGAUGGCCCGAAACCUACCGACUCUCGCCAAAAAGGACAAACCGGACCAGGUGCUGUGCUGGUUAGUGGAACCGGUCUCUGCUGUGGUCCAGUCCAUGUCCAGCUCGGCGCUCACGGAUCUGCUACAGGAGCUCCAGACCCCCGAGGGCCAGCUAGCAUCAGUGCUACACAACAAGUUUGGAGUGACGCUGCUGUAUCUGAUCCUGAGCGAAGGGGAGCGGAUGCAGAGCUCGGACCCCAACUGUCAGCUCAUGGACGACAAUCGAUGGACUGAGCUGGUGUUCUCGGUGACUCGGGAGCUGCUGUCGGUCCCUUCUGCUUCUCUCUCUCCUCCGUUGUUCACGCCUCCAAACCUCCUGUCGCUUUUCUCUCGUUACGUCGACCGACAGCGACUGGAGUUGUUACAGGACAAGCUACAGAUCUCUGCUUUGUCGAGGUAG